CAACAAAGAUAUAUCGCGUUUGUCUGAGCUCUGUCAAACGCGUAAGGAACAUACAGGAUGGCUCGCGCAAAGUCUGCGAGGUACUACAAACAAUGCCAAAUACGGUGGCAUGCGCUCGCCACAAUCUCAAGUUCCAACACCUCACUACUCACAACAUCGCCGCCUGUGUUCCCGUAGUGCUAUGCCUGGCUUUUGAUUUCCGCCAGGGGAUGUCCGCCUUGAGACCGCCCCCAGGGCCACGCUCGCUAGUAUUCGGGGUCCUUACAGGGCAAGCAAUCAGCCUUGCCGAUAAGUGUCUUGAACGGCGACUCUUUUACUUGCCACCCACCGUGCGUUCAUGCGUUUCACCCACCAGAAUUUCUCGCAAGUACAUGCGCGCAAGGUAAAUUGACAGUUGCCGCAUUGCAAGCUUGGCAAUGGAAACAAGCGACCUCGUAUUGAAUGGACCGGUGCAAUUCCCAGAACUCUGCAGGAUUGUUCUGCCAUCCUGGUCAAGUGCCUGACUCCGCGGCGUCGUGGCGAAAUGUAUACUCGUAGCGUCUCGCCAGUACACGAAUGACCCAUCCAGCGUAUAACCGUCAAUGCGCACGAAGCUCUAUGCUCUUAAAAGCAUAUUGUCUUCCUUUGACGUCCGUGGGCUUACAGUCGCCUCACCCACAACUCGACAUCUCGAGGAGUGCGAUACACCUUUCUCUGCCCUGUGGGAAGCCGGACCGAAGCCUAGAACAGCUGAUGGUGCUCGUGUCGCGAUAGGGGGCGGCCAUGGGGUGCCGCGC